AUGCCACCCCCGCCGGCGGCAACGGCGGCGGCGGCGGUGCAGCACCUGGAAUCCUUCCUCCCGCGCCUGACCACGCUCUCACACUACAAGCAGUUCCACGCGCGCCUCCUCACCUCCGCCCGCCUCCACUCCGACACCUUCCUCCGCGCGCGCUUCCUCGACCGCCUCGCGCUCUCCGCGCACCCGGAGGCGCUGCCGCACGCCCUCCUCCUCCUCCGCUCCCUCCCGUCUCCCGCCACCAACGACUUCAAUGCCGCCCUCCGAGGCCUCGCCGCCUCUCCCCACCCGGCGCGCUCCCUCCUCCUCCUCGCCGGCCGCCUCCUCCCCUCGCCGUCCCCGCCGCCUCCCCGCCUCGACGCGCUCUCCCUCUCCUUCGCGCUCAAGGCCUCCGCCCGGUGCUCCGACGGCCCCGCCACCCUCCAGCUCCACGCGCUCGUCGUGCGCCUCGGAUGCACACCCGACGUCCGGCUCAUGACCACGCUGGUCGACUCCUAUGCCAAGUGUGGCGAACUCGGGUCCGCGCGGAAGGUGUUCGAUGAAAUGAUUGUCCGGGACGUGGCCUCAUGGAACUCGUUGCUUGCUGGGCUGGCCCAGGGGACUGAACCGACCCUCGCGCUGGCGCUGUUCCACAGACUGGCAGGGAGCUUCCACGAGCUGCCGCCAAGGGAGGCACCCAACGAGUUAACCAUCGUCGCGGCGCUUUCUGCGUGUGCACAGAUUGGCUCGUUGCAGGACGGGCUGUAUGUGCACGAGUUUGCCCGUAAAAUUGGGAUCAGCGGCAACGUUCGUGUUUGCAACGCGCUUAUUGACAUGUACUCCAAGUGCUGUUCGCUGGGCCCGGCGCUACAAGUGUUCCACUCCAUCAGACGAGAAGACCGGACGCUUGUGUCGUACAACACCGCAAUACAAGCAGUUUCCAUGCAUGGCCAUGGGGCGGAUGCACUGAGGUUGUUUGAUGAAAUGCCGACAUCUAUCGAGCCGGACGAAGUGACAUACAUAGCCGUGUUGGGUGGGUGUAACCAUGCUGGGCUUGUGGACGAUGGCCUCAGGGUUUUUCAUGGCAUGAGGGUUCCUCCUAAUGUGAAGCACUAUGGCGCUGUUGUGGACCUUCUUGGCCGUGCAGGCCGCCUUGCUGAGGCGUAUGAUACCAUCAAGUCUAUGCCUUUUCCAGCAGACAUCGUCCUCUGGCAGACAUUGCUGGGCGCGUCCAAGAAGCAUGGUGAUGUUGAGCUCGCGGAGGUAGCUGCCACAAAGCUUGCUGAGCUUGGUUCAAAUGUUGACGGUGACUAUGUGCUCCUCUCUAAUGUUUAUGCGUCCAAGGCGCGGUGGGCAGAUGUUGAUCGAGUUCGUGAUACAAUGCGAAGCAAUGAUGUGCAGAAAGUACCUGGCUUCAGUUACACUGAGAUAGGUGGUGUAAUGCAUAAGUUUAUUAAUGGUGAUAGAGAUCACCCUAGGUGGCAGGAGAUAUACAAAGCACUAGAGGGAAUCGUGUCAAGAAUAGGUGAGUUGGGAUAUGAGCCAGAGACAGACAAUGUGCUUCAUGACAUUGGGGAGGAAGAGAAGCAGAACGCAUUGUGCUAUCAUAGCGAAAAGCUGGCCAUUGCAUUUGGGUUGAUUGCUACGCCACCCGGGGAGACCCUGCGGGUGAUAAAAAAUCUCCGAAUAUGUGGGGACUGUCAUGUAGUAGCAAAGCUAAUCUCCAAAGCUUAUAGCCGGGUGAUUGUCAUUCGGGAUAGAGCAAGAUUCCAUCGGUUUGAAGAUGGGCACUGCUCUUGCAGGGAUUACUGGUGA